UGUAGGCAACAAGAUAGCAAGAGGUCGAUUGUGAAAAAAAGAUGAUUUGAAGCAGAAGAACCACUCCUGACAUCAGUUUGUGUUUUAAAAGAUACAUCCAAUUUUUACUCCCGUUGAUUAGCUAACCAAAAUGUUGCUGGCAACAUUUUUCUUCGGGAUUGCUUUUUGUGUCUCGCAUCCUCUGCAUGGUAAACCUAGACGCCACCACCUUGUUUUUGAUGGAACGGACAAAACGGUUCCACAGAAUCUGACAGAUUCCUCCGUGGUAAACGAAAUCGAGGAGAUUAAUGAAGAAGAAAACAAGAAUCUCUUCGAAACCGACAUCAAACUCACUAAAAGUGACUUCGACCUGGUAGAUACUAGUGAAACAGGAGAUGCUAAGGGCGCCCAGGUUAAAGUCGAAAAUAUCGAGGAAAAUGCAGAAAAAAGGAAAGGUGUGCGCACGCGUAGAAAGAUCUGGCCGUCUAGGAUCAUUCCAGUGACGGCCACAGUUGCUUUGGGUGAUGCACUAGAUAAUAUUCGAGCAGCCAUGAAAGCAAUACAAGAUGUGUCUUGCGUGCGCUUCAAAGAUAAGAAGGAAGGAGAUAAACACUGGAUAAGGAUGGUAAAGAAGAACGGAUGUUAUUCCGUUGUCGGCCGAGAGUAUAGUGUGCCUGGUGCACAAGAGCUUUCCAUUGGAGAUGGGUGUAACAGUAAGGGAAUCAUACUCCAUGAGCUCAUGCAUGCCCUCGGAUUCUGGCACGAGCAAUCCCGCACGGAUCGGGACAAAUAUAUAGCAGUACUAUGGGAAAAUAUUCAAAAAGGUCAAGAGAGAAAUUUCAACGAACAUUCCGUAAAUGAAGUAGAUUUUGCUGGUGGAAUGUAUGACUUUGAUAGUAUUAUGCAUUAUGGAAACUAUCUGUACUCCAAAAACAAAAAGAUGACCAUGGUUGCGCUGAAAAAUCCUAACUUGCUGUUCGGGCAAACACUAAAGCUCAGCCAGACCGACAUUCUACAAAUAAACGCCAUCUAUGACUGCAAAACUCCCAGUGGUCAGUGGAGUAGAUGGACAGAGUGGGGUCCCUGUGACAUACAUUGCACAAUGGUGCGUGAAAGGUUCUGUGCGGCAAAAGACAGGAAAAAAUGCCCAGGGGUAGAUAAAGACGGAAUACAGACUGAUAUCAAACGUUGUGAUUCUGAAGAGUGUAAUGUCCCUUUAAACGGUCAUUGGGGACGGUGGGCAGCCUGGAGCGGGUGCAGUGCCACCUGUGACAAAGGGUAUCAAACAAGGUCCCGGCUGUGUGAUGGACCGGCACCUCAGUUUGGUGGAGAUAUCUGCGAGGGACCGCUUGUUGAGGUACAGAUGUGCAAAGGGAACAGACCUAAAUGUAAAGGAAAAAAGGACGGAGCAAAAAUGUGGCGCAAGCGAAAGAGAACGAGAAAAAUCCUUGGGAAGAGAGAUGGCACUUAA